AUGGCUGACAAGCAAAUCAUUCCCCCAAAGCAUGACCUCGAUGCCAAAUGGGACGCCUGCCUUGAUCUCACUGUCCGUCGCUUCGUCUACUCCUCAUCUGCUGGUGCAUUUGCCGGUCUUCUAUUUUUCAGUCAGUACCUUGUUUCUUUGAUUCAUUUAUUUGCGAAGAUGCUCAUGUUCUUAGCUGAGUCUACUUUUUGUUUCUGGCAACAGCAGUGUUGCAGCCUACUUGAAAGGAAUGAGCAGGGUGUAACAGGCCUUAUGAGUAGCAGUGUCUUAGUAGCUCUCCAGGAAGGAACAAUCAGGGGUGAAGGUGUUGAAAAUGCUGCAGACUCAAAAAUAUCAUGUAGUUUACUGAAUGUGGAAGAUGGGAUAGAUGAUGAAGCAUGUGAAUUAGUCAAUGGAGUGGAGCUUUCACUUGGGGAGGGUGAUGAUAAUAUCCGUGCUUAUCUGUUCAAGGCAGUAAAAAAUAACAAUGGAACAGGUCUAUUGCUUCUUUCAGAUGUUUUCGGGUUUGAGGAUUCUUUCACUAGAGAUUUUGCAUAUCGGGUAGCUUGCAAUGGUUACAACAUUCUAGUUCCAGACUUAUUUCGUGGAAAUCCAUGGACAAAGGAGCAGCCAGAUGUGUUUGAAAAGUGGAUUACUAGACAAAACCUAGAGAGGAUAGCAGAAGACAUUAGCAGAUGGACAAAAUGGCUGGUUGAUGAAUUUAUGGCUGCAGGGAUUUCCAAGAAACUUGGCAUUAUUGGCUUCUGCUUUGGAGGUGGCCAAGUGUUAAAGGUGCUGGCCCAAGAUCAAGGUUCUUGUUUUGGCACUGGAAUCUCCUUUUAUGGUACAAGGAUGGCUCACCUUGCUGCUUCUGAUAUAAAGGCUCCUGUCUUAUUUAUUUUAGGAUAUAAUGACCCACUUUGCGUGGUAAGUGAAAUAGAGAAUAUUCAGAAAAAAAUUUGCGGGGGUUCCAAAGUAGUGGUGUUCCCAGGUAGAGGUCACGGAUUCGCUCACCGCCCUGGAUCUCCUGAAGAAGAUGUGGAUGCCGAACAAGCUUACGUGAUUAUGAGAGACUGGCUAUAUGAUCAUUUGAUUAUAUAA